GCAGUAUUUACUACUAACGUUACCACAGUCUCACGUUAACGUUAGUGUAGCGGUUUGAGAUCCUGUUUGUCUUGCUUAUUAGGUCAUCUAAAUUCGAAGCGCAUACGAUUAAUAAUUUUUAUUUAUCACAUUGCUGCAAGAGUUCGAAGAAUUUAUCAGCUUGGUACUCGCGCGUCACAAAGAUAUAAUAUUUUAUAUUCAUUCACAAUCACUGUUUUGUCAAGUUUUCUUAUUGUUUGUGAUAUUUUGCUGGCUUUGAAUUAUUAAUUCAGUCAAAGUCGUUCAGGAAUUAAUCUGUCAAGGUAUUUCGAUCACCCAAGGAAGUAGUUUGAUUUUGUGUUUAUAAACACAACUAAUUGGUCCAGUUUAACUAAUUCCUAAUCAAAUAAGAGUAUUUUCACUGUUGACUAUUCGUUUAAAGUCCAUCUUUUCAAGUUAUUUACGAGAAUGAACCUUGACGACUACAUCAUAUCAGUAGUUCAAAUCCCUCCAGGUUACAGUUCUAAAAUGCUUCUAGACACCUCCAACCCUCAGGUGGAAAAAUUCCUUCGGAAGUUUAUGAAACGGUUGGUAAAAAAACCAGAUUCACUGUUCUCUCGUGUUUUGCCUACCCUAAAUGAUCAAGGUGAUCCUCUCAGCCUGUGCGUUACAGACUGUCAGACUCCUUACAUACCAUAUGUAGUGAAAGCUUCCGAUUCAUCAUGGCAUAUUCGUCAGUUUCCCACACACAGAUUAUCUGUUCGCUCGAUAAAAGACAAUGAUUGUGUUGUAUUAGAUCACAAUAAAGAAGAGCCCAGUGGUAAAUCGUUAAAACGAGCUCAUCCACCCCGAGACCACAGUCCUCAAUUGGUUAUCUCUAGCGACGAGGAAGACGGUCCACCGUCAAAAACAAGAAGAAUUGAGUCGCAGUGAAUACUAGUUAGACAGCUUCUUAUAUUGAUAUAUUUUUGUAACAAGAAUAAUUUACAAUAUACAAUUAUUUUCCAA